ACAGAGCAGGAGUUUUGUUUGUUAUUAGAAGGAGUGAUUUAGUAGCCCAGGAAAUAGAUAAGAUGGCUGAGUCAGCACAGUUUGACAACCUGUAUCAUGAUGGAGAUUUCAACACAGAGCCAUUGGUCUUUACGGAUGAUGAUGCAGAGAGAAUCAGAAUAAGUGACAAAUUGAGUUUGAAGCAAAAACACACAGGUUAUGAAGAGCUUACCAAUUUCAGUGAUGUGCCAUGUCCGGUAGAGUCCCUCCCCCCACAGUGGUACCACACAGUCCAGGUGAGGAGAAUACGCUCUCUACGGGCUCGAAGCAAUAGUGACCCACUACAAGCAAAGAAUCUGCAGUGGCAGAGGAAGGGAUUGCCCUUUGGAACUGCAUCUUCAUACCUAAACCUCGAGAAACUGGGUGAGGGUUCCUAUGCAACAGUAUAUAAAGGCAUCAGCAGGAUCAAUGGGCAGCUGGUGGCUUUGAAAGUCAUCAGUAUGAAGACAGAGGAAGGAGUACCCUUUACUGCUAUCCGAGAAGCUUCUCUCCUGAAGGGUCUGAAACAUGCAAACAUCGUUCUUCUUCACGAUAUUAUCCAGACCAGGGAGACGCUAACAUUUGUGUUUGAGUAUGUGCACACAGAUCUAGCACAAUACAUGUCCCAGCAUCCUGGGGGACUACUGACCUAUAAUGUCAAGCUCUUCAUGUUCCAGCUGCUGAGAGGUCUGGCCUAUAUCCAUCACCAGCACAUCCUGCACCGUGACUUAAAGCCACAGAAUCUGCUCAUCAGUUACCUGGGGGAACUAAAACUUGCUGACUUUGGUCUUGCACGAUCCAAGUCUAUUCCCAGCCAGACGUAUUCCUCAGAAGUGGUGACACUUUGGUACCGGCCACCAGAUGUUCUUCUGGGGGCCACAGAUUACUCCUCUGACCUGGACAUCUGGGGUGCAGGAUGCAUAUUUCUAGAAAUGCUUCAGGGUUACCCAGCUUUUUCAGGUGUCACUGAUAUUUUUGAACAGCUUGAAAAGAUCUGGUCGGUAUUAGGGACACCUACAGAAGAUUCCUGGCCUGGAGUAUCCCAGCUUCCUAACUACAAAACAGAGUGGCUUGUGAUGUGUGACAGUCAACGAUUUGGACAUGUCUGGGACAGGCUGGGGACAACAAUGGGAGCAGAAGAUUUUGCUUUUAAGAUGUUGAAAAGCUGCCCACGGGAGCGAAUCUCCGCCGAAGAUGCUCUCCUGCAUAAAUUCUUCAGUACUCUGCCAGGCCAGCUGCUCCAGCUUCCUGACAUGCGAUCCAUUUUCACAGUGCCUGGUCUGAGCCUUAAACCAGAAUUACGAGACCUUUUCAACCCCCAUCAGAAAGGUUCCAAUCCAAAAGUAACACAGAAACCAUGGUGAUUGUAAAGGAGUGAAUUGUUUCUCUUUACCGAUCAUAUAUAAAGUUGGACUUAGCAAACACCGAGAAAUACCAUGUCUAAGACAGAUGAAUGCGAUUGGCCCUGAAUGACGAAACCAUCACAUGAUCGGAAAAGUGAGCGCACCUAUUUGAGGUGGUUUCGUAUUAGCCUACUCGUUUGAGAACUUAACAACCAGGACCUCUACUAUUGUACGAAGGACGGUCAUAUGAUUUCAAAAGAUCACUAAUGAUUGAUUAUUAUUCUCUGUACUAAAUUGUCAACAUAUAUUUUAUGUAAUGUCUAUUUAUCUCAUUGUUAAAUGUUGCUUUCUUUAUUGGAUAAAUUGUACAUUCAGAUUAAAACUGGUUACACCGGUACUAGUGCAUAUACAUAUAGAGGUCAGUAGUUUACUCGAAAUGAUUUCUUUCACAAUAAGGUCCUUUUAAGAUAAAAAGUAAUUUCGGAUGUAUUGUAAUUAAUGACACAUUCAAAUUUUAAAAUCUAGAUUUAUAUAGAAUGGAAGCUUCUUUUGUUAGGAAGUAUCAACAGGUAAAUUUAUUUAUGUUCACUGGCAUACUUGAUUACAAUUUAGACUUUCAUUUGAUACCUCCUAACAAAACAGGAUAGUGAUAGGUACAGCCCUGAUGUAAGCCAGAUUCAGCACACCUGUGAAUGGGUGUGGUCUGGGAAAGGUAGGCAGGGUUGAUGUCUAUAAAUAUUUUGUACAACAAUGCUAGGCUAUUACAACUUGCUCUGACCUGUAUUGAUUUUAUGCUCUUGAUAAAGGCUUGUUUGCCGAAACGCGUUGAGCUAUAUUUAAGCUAUAUUUUAAUAAACCCUGAAGCUAUAUCUGAA